UGAUUCAAAAUUCAUUCCAUGGUUUCCCCUUUGAGUUUGGAGGCCUGCGGUCAAGGUUCGCCGGCCCACGCCUCCGUAGGUUCUUUGGGGGAUUCAUCUGAGAUUCAGCAAUGUCCCACUGUAGUUAAAUCUGUAUUGGGGAAAGAUGAUCUCAAACGAAUCCGCCAUAAGUAUAGGAUCCCAGAGGAGUUUACUCUUGAGGUUCCUAGUGUUGGAAGCCGGGUGACCUCCCCUCCGAAAGGCCGACUUGGUCCUGUACGAGGAAGCUUGGAAGGCAGGGUUAAGACUCCCCUUGCCAGAGGUCAUCACUAGCCUCUUGACUUGGUAUGGAUUAUGUCCUGCCCAACUCGUCCCCAAUGCCUGGCGGAUGAUCGUUGGAUUUUUCUGCUUUCUGCUGCAUCGUGGGAUGCCGCUUCGUGCUGUGAUGUUUCGGGCCUUCUUUCAUUUGAAGGUACAUCCCAGGAGCAAGGGUUGGUGGUAUGUCUCUCCACGAAAGGGGUCUACCAUCCUCUCUCCUGGCCCUUCCUCCAUCCAUGGUUGGAAGGGACAAUUCUUUUUCGUUGUUUCGGAGAGCCCUUGGCAAUGUCCGUCCGGCUGGGAACAACCACUGAAGUCUAGGUUGUUAGAAUACCCUGAUCUAUCCGAGGUAGAGAGGGACUUGGUAGAAGACUUGAAGGGACAAAAAGCUCCUCCCUAUUCAGCGCUUUUUCGGGAAGACCUUUUGCGACGGCUAUGCUUGGGGGACUCCAUCCCCGAGGGCAUGAAGCUUUCCACCAAGGAACUGGAGGCAGCAGCUAGAAAAAGAAAAGCUGAUGCUGCCGAAGAGAAGAAGACGAAGAAGAAGAAGCUGAUUCUGCCCCCCUCCCCUACUGCUGCGGAUGAUGCGGCGGAGGCAGGUGCGGAAUCGACCCAAUCCGACCCUCCUGUGGAAAAGAAAGAAAAGAGAGAGAAGAGGAAAGAGGAGGUUGCGCCACCUUCACACGAUGUAGGCUCGUCCGAGGCAGCCAGGAUCGAACCUGAGACAAUCGUGAUCGAGCCCAAGGUGGUAGUUGCAGACGUCUCACCUCCUCAGCCCGAUGUUCCCGCCGAGGUUGAAGUAGUUUUGGAGAGUUCCAGCCUACCUACCGAGGCUGGAGAAACCGCAGGAGACGGUCCUCCGAACAAGGACGCAGCUCCUCCUUCAAAUUCUGGCGAGCCGGCGGUCCUCCAUUCACGGAAGUUGGUACCAUCAGCCAGCUCGGUGCCCCGCGUCGAUGAUGUCGAGUUGGCUCCCCCUAUGAACAAGGAUAGAUUGCUAGGGCAGUCUUUCGAUGAGGCCGAUCGAAACUUCUGCCAGAAAAUGGCUGAGGGAACCUUCGAGGCAUGGGGCUUGUUGAUACAAGCCCGGCGGUUCAAAGCAGAAGCUGAGCGGCUCCGCCAGGACUUGUCUGCUGCCAACUAUUCUUUAACAGAGGCUGAAAGGAAGAAUGCCUCUGAGAAGUCCCGCGCUGAAGCUGCCGAGACAAAACUGAAAUUGGUGGAAGAUUCCUUCAAGCUCCACCGAAAGAAUAAGGAGGCAGAGAUCAUUUGCCUCCAAGAUCAAGUAACCUCAGCUGUCGAGAUAAAACAUCGACUGGUGGCUGAAGUUUCUCAACUGAAGUCGCAGCUGGAAGAGAUUCCGAGACUCAAGGAGCAACUUGCUUUCGCUAAGGAGGAGGUUUCUCGCUCAGCUGCAGAGGCCGCUGCUGCCAAAGAGGAAGCUGCUAGAUCUGCUGCCAAAGCUUUGGAAGCCAAUAAGAAAUCUGAAAAGGCUGCAGAGGAAGCGAUCAAGUCCUUCAAGCAGAGCGACACCUAUAAGAGGCAGUUAUGCGAGUCCAGUGUAACUUCUUUUCAGAAGGGUGUCGCUUCAUAUAAAAGGGAGAUUGCAAGACGCUUCCCUAAUUUUGACAUUGUUGGUAGCGAUUUUUUGCCUUCUUCUCCUGAGAGUGAUGAUGAGGACGAAGAAGAAUGUAACGAGAGAGGAGAAACUGGACCAAGUCCUCCAUAGUUUUUCUCUGUAUAGAAACCUCGAGUCCUUUAUACUCCAGCGGAAUCAUGGAACAAAGAAAUAGUUUUCUUUCUA